AAAAGUUUUAGUGGUGACAUGUUAGAUAUUAUAGAAGAACCUCAACUUGAGUUUGGUGAGAAAGAACUUGUACAAAUUACACAUGACGAAUGUCAUUUUUAUGCAAAUGAUGGGAUGAGAAAAAUCUGGAUCAAAAAGAAUGGAAGUUUUCUACGUCCAAAGCAUGCAGGAAGGUCUAUUAUGGUUUCAGCUUUUCUUUGUUCUUGUUAUGGAGUAUUGCAAUUAUCUGAUGAGCAAAUGAAAGAAAACCCACAUAUAAAAUAUAAAGAGGCUUUUAUUCUAUGCUCUAUACAGUCAGAUGGGUAUUGGAAAUCAGAGCACAUGUUGGAACAGUUAGUACAACGUGCAAUUCCAAUAUUUGAAGUACUCCAUCUGAACUGUGUUGGUAUUUUUUGUUUUGAUCAAUCUACAAAUCAUAAUGCAAUAGCUGAAAAUGCAUUGGUCGUAACAAAAAUGAAUCUUGAUGAUUAUGAAGUAGUGAAACUUAGAGGUCAACCAAAAGGAAUUAGACAAGUGCUUAUUGAACGUAAGUUAUGGCCCUCACAAGGUGUUUGUUUACAGCGUGAUUUUUGUGAACAAAAAUCAAUGUUAGAGGAGGUAGUUCUUGAAAGAGGACAUAUAUUUGAACGAUAUCCCAAGUUUCACUACAAGAAGACUAGUUAUGUUGACUUGCAGCAACAGGUUCCACAAGCUCUUGUUAAUAUUCCUAUGUCAACAAUUCAUAAAUUUGCUCGUAAGUCUUGGAGGUAUAUGGAUGCUUAUGAAAAAGGUUUGGAUGGUAGAACUGCUGAAUGGGCUGUCAACAAGUAUAAAUCUCAUCGUCGCUUACCUGAAAAUAUUGAAAGAGCAAUGGAUUCAAAUGACAAAUAA